AUGUCUGAAAGAACCUUUUUAGCUAAGCAUUGUAAAUCAGCCAACGGUCAUAAGGCGGCAAAUGAUCGAAUAACGAUUUUGUUUUGUAGCAACGCCUCUGGUGAUUACAUAAUGGAGCCAUUGGUGAUUAACAAAGCGAAAAAUCCACGAUCUUUUAAAGGAAUAAAUAUAAAUAAUCUUCCAGUGUAUUGGAUGACUAACAAAAGAGCCUGGGUUAACGCCUCUUUGUUUAGUGACUGGUUUAAGAACCAUUUUAUCCAAGAUAUAAGAAAAUAUUUAAUUAACAAAGGAUUGCCUUUUAAAGUGCUAUUGUUAUUGGACAAUGCUCCAGGCCACCCUCAGGGCUUAUGCUACGAAAACAUUGCAGUUGAAUUUUUACCGAAAAACACAACGUCGUUACUGCAACCCUUAGAUCAAGGGAUUAUUGCAACAUUCAAAGCAUUAUACAUCAAAAGCACGUUUAGUUUUAUUUUGGAUCAAUUGGAAAAUGAUGAUUCUAUAUCAAUUAUCAAUGCAUGGAAAAAAUUUACCAUUUUAGAUAGCGUUAAGCAUAUAGGAAUAUCAUACCAAUACUCCAAUAUAAUUGAGUUGGCUCACGCAAUAGGUGGAGAAGAUUUCCAAGAUUUAAAUGAGGAAGAUAUUAUUAAAACCAUGACAGACCAAGAACUAGACGAAGAUGAAUUAAUUGAAAUUGUGAGUAAAACAAGGCAAAAGUCUGAAAGUGAUGUUGAAGCUGAGAUUGAUGAAUGUGAAAAACAUCUUUUUACAGCUAAAAUUGUUCGAGAAGGACUUGCGUUAGGAAAGAAAUUGGGAAAUUAUUUUCAACAACAUGACCCGAAUGUUGAACGAGCUCUUCAGUUUCAGCGAAAAAUCAACGAAGUUUUAGCCCAGUAUGAAGAGGAGUUAAAAGAUUUAAGACAAAAGAAAUCGCAAUUAUUAAUUACAGAAUUUAUUUCUAAGUCUCACCGAACCGAAAUCGUUUCUGAAGAGUCCUGUGUUGAAAUAUUAUCGAGCGAUGACAGCGAAAUUAAGCAAUUUAACAAAACAAGACUGAUUGUUGAAAGUGAUAGUGAAAACUCUCUGUAUCAGACGCUAAAAGCGAGUUGUUUACUUGCAAUGGAUGUUGCAACAAAAGAUUUCAUGUGA